AAGAAAUAUGGCGGCCGUCCCACCGCUAGCACAGAUCGUGGGCAGUCACAUUGGAGUGUAUGAAGGCUAUUACCAACAGGCUGAUCCCAAAGGUACAGGCAGCGUAGGUGCUCUCGAUGCUGCUAUCUUCCUCAAGAAGUCAAAACUCCCAGACACUAUUUUGUCUCAGGUAUGGGAUCUGUCUGACCCCACUGGGAAGGGUUAUCUGGAGAAGAGCGGAUUCUUCAUCGCCCUCAAACUGAUAGCUCUAGUUCAGAAUGGGCAGGAUCUCAGCAUUUCCAAACUCACUGUAGAUACACCACCGCCGAAUCUAGGUCCUGUUGAACCAGUGGUUGUUGAGAGUCCUACACAUUCUGCCUGGGUUGUAAAGCCAUCAGAAAAGUCCAAGUAUGAUCAAGUUUUUGACAGCCUUGGCCCAGUCAAUGGUCUUCUCUCAGGAGACAAGGUCAAGCCGGUGUUGCUCAAUUCCAAGCUGCCGACUGAUGUACUCGGCAGAAUAUGGGACCUCAGUGAUAUCGACAAGGAUGGUUAUUUGGAUAAAGAUGAAUUCGCAGUUACUAUGCAUCUGGUGUACCGUGCACGAGAAAAUGACCCCACCCCCACAGUGAUACCCCCGGCGGCGCUCAUCCCUCCAUCCAAGCGGAAGGCAGGCUCUACCCUCCCAGGAGCUGUGCCCGUUAUGCCAGGUAUCCCUGGGGUCGAGACUGGAAGGGCCACGCCUCCACAGAAAGAUGUACCAGGAGCUGGUGGAAAGCCAUGGGUGGUGACGGCGGCUGAAAAGGCCAAUGCUGACGUGAUGUUCAUGAAGCUGGACACGGACAUGGAUGGCUUUGUGACGGGUGUGGAGGUGCGAAGCAUCUUGGUACAGAGCAACCUUCCUAAUCCUGUACUUGCCCAUAUAUGGAACCUGUCUGACAUAAACGGUGUAGGGAAGCUGAACACGGAGCAGUUUGCCCUGGCUAUGUACCUGGUGCAGCAGAAACUGAAGGGAGUGGAGCCGCCCACUACACUCACCCCGGAAAUGAUCCCGCCGUCAAUGCGGCCCAAGACGGGAGCCGAUCCUGCAGCAUUUGGAGUCAUGGAUGGGACAAAUGCUGGCCCAUACAGUCAUGUAGCUGAUUUCUCUGCUAUCAAAGAACUAGAUUUCAUCAGCAAAGAGAUUGAUGAAAUCAAAAGGGAGAAGAUGCAGAUUGAGAGGGACAAGGUGCAGAGAGACGCCGACAUCAAGAUCCGACAGGGCGAAGUUCAAAUGCUGCAGAAGGAACUGGACGCUAUGACCAGCACCCUGCAUCAGCUGGAGGGUCAGAAGAAGGAGGCCCAGAAACGCCUAGAUGAGCUUGGUGACAAGAGAUCAGACUUGGAAAACAAUGUCAAAGAUUUGCGAGAGAAGUGUCAGACGGAGCAAACAGAGGUUGAUAAACUCAGGGGACAAAUAUCAAAUCAAGAAAAAUCUGUGAAAAUCGGAAGCAGUCCGGUGAGCACCUUGAGUGGCUUCAGUGUGGGCUCAACGACUGAUGACUUCAAGGAUGAUCCCUUCAAGGGGAAGGAUCCCUUCAGUAACUCAGGUGAUCCCCCCAGCGCAGGCGCCCCUUCCCAGAAUGAGGACCCAUUCAAAGACAGUGAUCCUUUCAAAUCCUCUGAUGGCUUCCAGGCUGAUCCCUUUGCUGCUGAAGACCCAUUUAAAGAUACCUUUGGUUCGGACAAACCUUCUACAAAGAGUGAUCCAUUUGGCAAUGAAGAUCCAUUCGCCGGAUCCUUCCCUCCAUCUCAAUCUAGUCAAAAACAAAGUAACUUCGAUCCUUUUGGUGGUUUUGGUGCCACUAGCUCAAGUAAACAGAAGGGAGGAAGCGAUGAGAUAUUUGGGUCGGAUCCAUUUGCUCCAAAAUCCUCAAAGAGAACAGAUUCUCCAGGACAUGCGCCUGCCCUUCCACCAAAAUCCAAAAAGCAACCACCUCCAAGGCCAGCCCCUCCUAAGUCAAAGAGUCCCUUACCCAUGGGAGCCAACAAACCCAAGGUGGACCCAUUUCCUGGAUUCGGAAGUGAUCCGUUUGCCAACGCCUCAGAUCCAUUUGCAAGUUCUGCAACAGGCGGGAGUUCUGCAACUGGAGAUCCCUUUGCUAAUUUUGCCGACUUCAGUCCGGGCAAGAGUUUUAUGUGGGAAAAAAGCUUCUAUUUCACGGUAGACGAUGAUGCAUGGGAGAACAAGACAGCGGAGGAGAGGACGAUACAGGUAGUAGGAGGCAAUGGUCAGCAGCAGCAGCACCCUGUCCCCAAGUCCAGGACAAAACUGGAGUCAAAGUUCAAACUGUCCUCUCAGGUGGAUUCUGAGACGGAUGUGUGAAUCCAGCAUCUAGUGCAAUAUGGCAGGCAUUCAGAGCAGUGGAAAUAGGGAGAUUUUGUUCCAAGGGCAGGAGCGAAGGUGCAUCUUUAAUGCUUGUCUGGAACCAGAGAGUAACUUUUAACAUGACAGUGAUGUUGAUAGAUAAGCCCUGGCCCCUGUUACACAAAGCGAUCGUAGCACUUGAGUGAUCGUAACUCCCAUUCUUUAGCAUAGACUUAUGACAGUUGUAGUGCUGCGAUCGUUAUGUGGAACUGGACCCCAGUUAGCAUGGUUUAUUGACUGGAAUAUUUUGGCGCUGAUUUAUUAAGGUGUCUCGGUUUUGUCAGUCUCAAACUUCCAGAAUAAUGUCUAUGUCUAGCUCUGAACUUGUUGUUUCUUGGAACAACGUCUUCCUAUUUUCACACUUUUGAUGAAUUUGUUAUGUAAUAUACCUUGGCUUUUGCGGUGCUUGCAAGUUUAAUGUCAAUACAAACCUUCAUUGCUAAAACUGCUCCAGCAUUUGUACUUCUUUACAGGGAAGCUUAUAUAUAUAGUAUUGCCACGGUGAUCGAACUCAUUGUGCAUUAAGUAAGUCAGGAUACACAGCAUUGAUUUAUGAGGCCAGACCUAAUUUUCUGCCAGGUUUACGUUCACCAAGAUGUAAAGACAUAUUAACUAAUGGAUUUUCAUGGUUCAUUCUUAGUAAAUUUCCUACAAAUGUUUCAAUCAAAUAAAGCUUUGUUUUUUCUUUCAUAUUUUCUAAAGGGAU